ACCCGACACUUUUUGGCCCUCCACUGCGGCAUCCAAGCCCUAACAGACACGCGUGCACUCAGAAGAGAUUCGCGGCACUACUAGCUUGCGGCACAAGCACGAACCUCGACCCACAAGGCACCCCAAGAUGCUGUACAGCCAGCUCCUCACCUUGACGGCUGCCGUGGCAUUUAUGACGCCGCGCGGCGUACCGGGCGGCAUCGCGGUGCGAUCGCAGGGCGCCGCCGCCGCGACACAAAUGCGCCAACGAAAAGGCGCCGCCGCCGCGACGCAGCUGCGCUCCAUGGCCGAGGACGCCGACGACUUCCCGUCGGACAGCGCCGUGCCCGACGAGCCCGAGCCGGAGCCGACCGGCGAGGAGGCGGACGCGCCCUCCGACGUCGAGGGUGACACUGGCGAGGACUGCGCCGCGCCGGCCGUGGAGGCGUGGAACGAGGAGCUCGCGCUGGACGCGGAGACGGCGCUGCUCGACCGGUGCCUCGGCGUGGACCGGGGUGCGUCGGCGUCGGAAGCCGAUAGAAACGACGUCGAGCGGCUGGCGCGCUCCCUCGAGGCGCUCGCGCCGCCGCUCGACCCGUGCCGCCUCGAGGGCGUCUGGAGCCUGGUCUACUCGUCGGAGCCGGGCUUGUAUAGAUCAUCGCCGUUCUUCUGGAGCUUUUCGCGGUUGUUGGAGGGCAAGACGUCGCCGACGCCCGUGCCGGGCGCCAAGAAUUCGGAGCUCGCCGAGGCCGUGUACGCGGUGACCGACGCGCUGGGGCCCUUUUAUACGGUGGGCGACGCCACGCAAACGAUCACCGCGACGCAACUCGUGUCGGAGGUCGAGCUGUCCAUCGAGCCCCUGCCGAAUUUACCUCCCGUCGGUCGCUCGUUAAUGACGUCGACGGCGUCGGCCGUGCCGACCGCGACGGGCCUGGAACUCACGCUCGAGAAGACCGAGGUCCGCGACUCGACGCUCUCGCAGCUGCCCGGUCUGGGCUUCGUGUCGGACCUGGCCUUCCCGACGAAAAAUGCGUUUGAUGCGUUGUCGAACGCGCUGCAGCUGACGCCCGACGCCUCGACCGUGCAGCUCCUCGCGACGUACGUGAGCGAUGGCGUGCGCGUGACGCGGACUGAGGGCGGGUACCUGUUCGUGCACGAGCGGGCAUACUAGUAGUAACUGUGCUCAUAUUAGUCACUCAUAAGCUCC